AUGUUUAAGAAAAACAACAAAGAAAAUCUAAAACCAAUUACUUUGAACAUUCCUAAAAUGAUUUUAAAGAAUUAAAUUAACUAAAACAGCAUUUAAUAAAAUGCAUAUUUAAUUGAAACAUCAAGGUCUCCUAGAAUUAGUUGUAUUUAACUUAUUAAAUAUUUAGAAUUAUAUUAAAAAAUUUAGUAGUCUAUUGAUUAAAAACCAGCUGAUGAAUCACAAGAUGUUGUUUCAUUUCACUAAUAAAAAAUUAGAGAAAAAAUUAGAGGAUACAAUUAAACUCCUACUAUUACAACAUCUUAAGAUAUUGAGGAUUCUUUUAAUAUUUGGAAUGAUGAAUAGUAACUUGAUGGAAAUAUAAUUNUUAUGUGA